AAAGUUUUACACCUUCCGGGGACUUAGAAAUUUUUACAUCUUCCGGGGACUUUGACAUUCUACCACGAGGAAUGGACUUAGAAAUUUUUACACCUUCCUGGGACUUGGAAAGUUUUACACCUUCCGGGGACUUAGAAAUUUUUACAUCUUGCGGGGACUUUGACAUUCUACCACCAGAAGUGGACUUAGAAAUUUCUGUACCUUCCGGGGACUUUGACAUUCUACCACGAGGAAUGGACUUAGAAAUUUUUACACCUUCCUGGGACUUAGAAAGUUUUACACCUUCCGGGGACUUAGAAAUUUUUACAUCUUUCGGGGACUUUGACAUUCUGCCACGAGGAAUGGACUUAGAAAUUUUUACACCUUCCUGGGACUUGGAAAGUUUUAUACCUUCCGGGGACUUAGAAAUUUUUACAUCUUUCGGGGACUUUGACAUUCUACCACCAGAAGCGGACUUAGAAAUUUUUACACCUUCCGGGGACUUUGACAUUCUACCACGAGGAAUGGACUUAGAAAUUUCUGUACCUUCCGGGGACUGA